GAGAUUACGUUUAUACGUUAUUUAAGUGAUAAUUUGUCAUCUUGUGAAACUCAAAAGAUACAGAUAGGUCUUCUUCCUCAAUUUCGUUCGACAAAAAUUCGAACGACGUCAUGUGGAAGAAAACGAAGGCUUUGGUCGAGCCUCUGGAGCGUUUAAUAACGACUUUGGGGACUAAAGGACCAAAGUCCAAUACAACACAUUCUGGUGGAAAUUCGCAAAUCACUAACUUUACUAAAUCAAAACAACAAGUGUCUGAAAUACCAAAACAAAUUGCAGUCAACAAUUUCUCAAACUCAAAUAAAACAUUGGAAAAACCACUACUUAGUAAAUUUAUAUUUGAAAACUUUUCGAUUUUUAAAAUACUUUCUCCUCAACCUGCUCCAAUUCCUGUCGUCUUCUCACAAACACCUCUGCGCCUAUGUAAGCCUCAAGGGUUAGGGUUAAUUUCUCAACACGCUUUUAUACAUCCAGCUGGGACUAGAAAUGUAAUCGGUCGUUGCGGAACUAGAAACUUUUCUACUAUUCAACCUACAAUGUUGAAUAACUGCACUGGUAGUGGUGGAACAAUACUUUCUCAGUUGAGUUUAAAACCAUUUUCGGCUUUUGCUAAAUCUGGUUCAUUGUGGAUUCAAAAAGAAGAAGGUUUGGAUAAUAAUAAAUUUAAUUUUAUUAAGAACCAAAAAGCAGAGAGAAAGAAGGAAGUAAAGGGAAAGAAACUUUUCGUUCAAAGUAAUAAUAAAGGUAUUCUUGAAAUAGUCAAGAAUUCAAAUGUUAUUGAAGAUGAUAAGAACAAGCCAAGAGUUGUUCGUAGAUCAAGCAUAAAGAAAUCAUCAGAAGAGAAUAAAACCGUAGAAAAUGUUCCAGAAUUAAUUUUCAAUAGUAACGAAGAUGUUCAAGUUUAUAUGUCUAUCAUCCUUAGUUCAUCAAAUUUCUGGAAUAUUGAUGACUCAAUUUCGUUAUCUAAUAGUACAAACAGUAUUAAUUCUACUACAAGUGUAUUAUCUUAUCUUUUACAACGUAGGAAUGAUUACGUUUCUCAAAAACGUAAUUCACAAUUAAAUUCAUCAUUCGUUCAACAUCUUCAAGAAAUUGUGGAAAUGCAACAUGAUCACAUGACUGAAGUUAUUUCCAUAUUAGGAGCAUUAUUACGUCACGGAGAUUUUGAAAUUAAAAUUGAUGGAUGCGAGUUGAUUGUAAAUUUUCCUCGUGGAAUGCAAAAAAAUGAAAUUGAAAAUAUGUUGGAAAAUUUGGGUAUUGAUCCAAAUAGUCCACAUUUUGAACUUGAGGAAAUUUUUUAUGGUGAAAAUAUACCACCAAUAGAGGAAAAUUAUGGAGGAAUUGAUUUACAAUUCCCCGAACCAAAUAGUACUUAUGUUGAUAACGCAUCAGUAGGUUCACCUGGCUAUGAAAUGUUGUCAUAUUCAUCAAGUAAUGACAGUAGUCCUGUUCUGUUACCUAGUAGAGGUUCUAUGGAUUGCACAAGUGGGUUUUCAUCACCUUGUAGUACACCACCUAGACUUGGAUCCGAAUAUAUUUCUGGUAUCCAAGAAUUUCUAAAUGCUGUGGAUGAAGCUCUUGUUAGAAACACGAAUAUAUUUAAUAACAGGGAAAAUGAUGAAAUUGGGGAAGAUUACUAUGAAAAUUAAACGAACCUUCUCCAAUAAUAAUAAUGAAUUUUUAAACGUUAAAAUAAAAAACUUUAGCAACAACAAUUUUUUUUAUGACGUUGGAAGCUAACUAAUCUCAUCUUUUUUUUUUUAUAGCUUUGAACAAUUGUCGUUGGAGUCUAAUUAAUCACAAUUUUUUCUAUUUUAAGUGAGAGUGAAUAACUAAUAAUAAAAGUUGAAAAUUUAAGAAUUUAUGUCAGUUCAAUUACAGAAUUUAUAUACAAUCAAUAUGAACAUUAUAUAUAUAUUUAUUUUAUUAUUAUUAUUAUUAUUAUACUGUAUAUGCAUGCUAUUAAAAUAUGUAUGUACUUUAUAGGUUAUAUUAUUA